AUGUCCGUGGCACGUGCUCUUAUUUUCUUUACCCUACUUAGCUUGGCCAAGGGCGCACUCGCCUUUGACGGAAAGAUAUGCUUCACCUCCGCAUUCCCAAGUGAGAAUUCUAACGAUGGCCAAUGCUCAUGUGCCAGGUCACGAGGGCCGCUUACUACCGUGUCCACAUCGGCAGAGGACACCGUCCAGGCCAGCUCUGAACUGGCCCAACCAACUAGCCUCGCACCUUCCCGACUCAGUUUCGGCGCCCUGGGAACCAAACGCGGUUUCGCCUAUAACGAUGCCAACCUCGUCAACAAGUUCACCGACAGCAAGCAGUGCACAAAAUGUUCAUGGGCAUACAACUGGGACUCCACAGACAACGGACUUAUCCGACAUUCGCUCGAUUUUGUGCCGAUGAUAUGGAGUCCCAAAGAAGAACACACGCGCCGCUGGCCGCAGAAUGCGGAUGCAAUGCUGUUGAGUGGAUCAACACACAUCCUCAGCUUCAACGAGUGCGACAGACCCGACCAGUGCAACCUUGACGCUGCAUCUGCAGCCGCCGCCCACGUAGAGUACGUCAAUAAGUACGCCGGGAGGGCCAGGAUCGGGUCGCCAGCGAUCAGUAACAGCGCUGCUGCUGGCCAGGGCCUUAACUGGCUGGAGUUGUGGGUGUGGACGUGCGACGGCCUGGGCUGCGAGUAUGACUUUUGCGUUACCCAUUGGUAUGGUAACUCAGUGGAAGAGCUACUGAAGCACGUGGCGUCGGUUCAUAAGAUAUGUCGCGGCAAGCCUGUUUGGCUUACUGAGUUUGCCAUCGACGUCGGCAGCGACGAGCAGCACGCCGCGUUCAUCACGGCCGUUGUUCCUCAGUUGGAAGGCGUUGCUUACCUUGAGAGGUACGCGUAUUUCAUGAUCCAAGAGGGUCGCUUCAUUUCCGGGUCCACAAUCACGUCGUCGGGUCGAGCAUAUGCUGAGGCGUAG